CGGUGUCUGUUGGCGCGCGGGCAGGCCGGCCGCUCUGAGGUGCUGUCAUGGCGCUCGCUUCGCUGCAGCCCCUGGAGGCGCUGAAAUACGCCGAGCUCCAGCGCAUCGCCAAGGCCGCCGGGCUGCGGGCAAACCUGCGGGCAGACAAAUUGUUGGAAUCAUUGAAGCAACACUUUGAAAGGACAAAUGGAGAAAGUGAAAAUAUGGGUUCUGUAAAGAGUGCAUCUGCUCCUAUUAAAUCAGAUGAACUGAGCAUUCAGGAGGAAAUUUUGUCUGAUUCAGUGUGUUUCAUUACAAAAAGAGGUGGUAAGGAUAAGAAAAUAACCAGAAAAAAGAGGAACUCCUGUGAGGAAAGAAAUAGCAGUGAAGAAAACCCAGUGCUUUCUGAUGAGAAACAGGUGCAUUCUGAAAUGAAAGAAAAUGAAGUGCCUCAGGGUGAGCACAAAAAGGGAGAGAAGAUAUCACAAAACAAAAUUGAGAGAGCUACUGAGAAUCCAAGGAUGGGUGCUGGCCAAAAGAAACAAGCAGAGAAGACUUCUACUAGAGGCAGGGGAGAGCAACGUAAUGCCCGUCCUGCAGGAGGGAAGAUCCCUGUGCCUGUGGGCCGUGCAUCGAGGUCUGCGGGAGUGACAGCUACCACACCAAACUUUAAAAAGUUGCAUGAGGCUCAAUUCAAGAAAAUGGAAUCUAUUGCUGACUACAUGGAGAGGAAAAAAAAACUGAAUGAAAGUUGCAGUGCAGUCAAGAAACAAGCCAGUGGCAAAAGAUUUUUAUUCAGCCCAAAUCCAGAAAGAGGCAGGUUCUCCACCACCAGCACUCCUUGUAACCUGCGGCGCUCACCACGCAAUUCUCUGAACGCUGCUAAUCGGAACAUUUUAUCCCAGAAGUCUUCAUUUCAUCCUUCCAUACUUUCAACAUCCAAAAUGAAUGUCAGGUUCUCAGAAGCCACAAAAGAUAAUGAGCACAAACGCUCUCUUACCAAGACUCCAUCUAGAAUGUCUCCAUACAUGGAGGAGAUCUGCACACCUGACACUCCAAAGAGCUGUAAACUAAGAAGUCAGAAGAACAGUAAGGGGAAUGCAAGAAAUAAUGAUCUGACUGCAGCAAAGGCUCUUACCCCCUUCAAGUUUGGAGCUCAACCUGCACAACCCACAAGCGGAAAGAAGACAUUUGAUCUCAAAGCAAGCCUCUCUCGACCACUUCGGUAUCAGCCACACAAAGGACGACUAAAACCGUGGGGAGAAUUUAAAGAAAAUGCUGUUCCCAGUAGGUCUGGUGGUAUCUGUUCACAUAGGAAAGAUUACAAACAGCCACAUCUCCAGACAAGGGAAGAAAGGCGUGAGACACUUGAGCAAGACAGAAAAAAGAAAAAGGCUCAUGCUCUUGCCAAACGUAGAGGCCUAUCUGGGUGUUAGGACAAACAAGAAAGAUCUAAGAGAUCACUGUAAAUACUGUAAAUCUUCUUUCUUCAUAAUGUUUUCAUUUAACUAAUUUACUUGACUAAAAGAUGUUAAAGAGGAAAAUAUAAGUGGAAAAAAAAAGCUCAAGAAGCCUCCUUGCAACUUAGGAUAGACUUGUGCAUCAGAAUGGACUUGUCCAUUGUGCUAGAAUGCAGGCCAUGCAGGCUUUAGAUAGCAGCAGCUUCAAAAUGUUCCAGUGUUCAAAAUGACAAGAUUUGGAAGUACCUGCUUGCCCUGUUCUCCAGAUCAAUCCUUAAGUUCUCUAAGUUACAGCAAUUACUCAGCAUUUCUAAUUGAAUGCCUAUGAAACAGUAGGGAAUUUCAAAGUGAAGAAAAAAUAUGCAAGCUCUCUGGCAAACUAAUGCAGAAUUGUAAACUACCUUUUUGAAAAAGUCACAACUGAAUUGACAAAUUACCAGCUGAAUGCUUUGAACAAUUAAGGUUUUGUUCCUUUCUAUAGUAAAUAGCAGAUGUUAAAAUCCUCUUGCUUUUCACCUCUAAGAUGCUUAAUUGUGUUGAGGUACAUUUUAAAAGAAUGGUUUUAAAAUAAGCUGUUAUUUUUACAUUAAAAAAAUACAUAGAAAAGUUGUCUGGAUUUUUUAGGGAUAGAAGUAGAAAGGUAAUUUAGCAGCUGUAAUCUCAGCUGUUGAGCAAAUAAAUGUUUCACUGAAUUUAUGUCCUAUCAUAUGUUGUGAUGUCAAGAAAAACCAAAUUUCUAAAUAAAUGUAACGGGGGAAAUAAAUAUUUUGUAUAUGUCCUGUUUAUCACUGGCUUUAUCAUUUAGUAUACUAACUACAACUGCUUCCUUACUCUGGCACUGUUUUUUCACUCUUGUAUUUGCUGCUGUGUUUUCCUGUGCCAAGUUUUCCUCACCAACUCGCCUGCCUCCCACUCCAAGAAAGAUGUUUGCUCUGAUAUCUUCCUGGUAUCAUCCUUCUUCUACAAUUAAGCUGCUGAAUUCAGUGCAAAAGGAAGAUAACAGUACAAGAUCCUGUUUCAGCUUGCUUCAUUAUGCUCUCUUCCAUAUAAAAUACAGGUACAUUUAAUAUUUCUGUAGUAUACUUAAACAAGGUCACUGUGGAGGAGGUCAGUGCUUUCAUUAUUUAAAUUUGACAGCUGAAACAUACUCUUGAUAAAGCAAGUGCUGAGUAGUUAUCCUGAAUUACUGAAAACUGCAUCUCUCUGCAGAAGGGAGGUAUUAAGGUGCUGUGCCACCAGUUGAGGCUGUGAAUUCUUACAACACAGCAGAGUUAGGCUAACUGCUCUGCCCUGUAAUGGUGCUAAGUAAGCCAAGCUCUGCCUCCUCAGAGAGCAGACAGAACUGCAGCUUUCCUCCCACCCCUCCUUUGGAGCAUUGCUUCUUUCCAACAACCUUGGCUCUGCCUCAUUGUAGGAUCAUCAUCAACAGCUCUGAAGGAAAAGUCAAGCCUGCUGCAUAGCUCUUGUUUCCAUCUUGGCAGUGGCAGCUUUUGCUUUUUUUAGCUAUCUACAAGAGCCAAAGCUAAAGGUUGAAAUACUUCUGCCUUUUCCACUUCUGGUGCUGCUCUUUGCAAAUUUCAGUAGCUGAGU